AUGACAAUGUCCAUAAGCACUCUACCAAAACUCAUUUUGGUUAACAUCUUUGAAAAUUUUGACCAGAAUGACCUAUACACGAUAAUUUCAUUAGACAAACGAAUAUUUAAUGUCUCGAUUUCGUUGUUGUACAAAAGACCCGUGUUUAAAAAUAUAAAAUCUUUCGAGAAGUGUUCUCUUACUCUUUCCUCGUCGCAAAAUCGUAUAAAUUACGCGUCUCUUAUAACGCAUCUUGAUCUUAGCGGAUUGAGCGAACAAGAAAAACUCGAGAUUGUCGAUUCAAAAAUAAUUCCGUUCAUAACUUCUCCGUUAUCUCGACUCCAGUCUAUCAAUGUGUUUGGUUGUAGACUCUUGACCAAUGGUUUCGCCCGUGCCAUUGCGUCAAGCAAUUUGAAUAGUUUGAGAUGCCUAGAAAUGGGUCGAUGUGUAUACAUAAGCGCAAUUUUUAUUUCAGAAAUUGUGAAAUCUUGUAAAAAUUUGGAAUAUUUAGGAAUGCAAGGGAUGAGACUUGAGCCGUUCGUUAUUUAUGGUGGUGAUGACGAAAAGUUUGGAAGGAUCGAGGCUUUAAAUAUUGGUUGGACCGAAAAUCUGGCAAAUGACAUUGUCAAAAAUCUUAAAAAUCUAAGGGAACUCAAUCUGAGCAAGUGUUUAGGCAUGAAUGAAACGAUUCUCGAAAAGUUGACAAAAUACAUUCAUCCCAGACGCACGUGCACAUCAAAUGAUUUGACCAUUUUAAUAGCCGAUUCUUUUGUGUAA